CUCCAAUGCAAACAGACACAUGAGCAAAGGAGUCCCAGACAGCUCCCACACUUAAAGACUCCCUCACACUCUCCCCAUUGACUUCUAAUUGACAGCCUCAAGCAGUAAUCAAGGACACGGGUGUUUAAGGACCAAAGCAAUUCAGGCUACAUGGACUCUGACCCUGUUGGGUAGCAUCUUUUUUAACUGGAAAAGACACAAAUAAAUCCAGCAAGCACUGUGUUUAAUCCAAUAUAUCGGGCAAAGGAUUGUUUUGGGAAAAAAAUUAAACAGUGUUUAGUGCUUAAGAACCUCCAGUUAUUAUCUCUCUUGCUUUUCUUAUUAUUUUAAAGGUUUUGAAAGGAGGCAGCUCUGGAUCUCAUGGGUUCGGAUGUGCGGGAUCUCAAUGCUAUGCUGCCAGUGUCUCUCCCUGCGGGCAAUGGCAGCUGCACCUUGCCGGUCAGUAAUCCUGCUCAAUGGGCUCCAGUCUUAGACUUCCACCCAGGUGCCCCUUACAGCUCCUUUAUCAAGCAAGAGCCCAACUGGAACUCCGCUGACCCCCACGAUGAUCACUGCGGACUCAGUGCUUUCACGGUUCACUUUUCUGGUCAAUUCAGUGGCACUGGAGCUUGUAGGUAUGGGUCCUUUGGGGCUCCACCACCAAAUCAACCACCUCCCAGCCAGGCAAGGAUGUUCUCAAAUGGCCCCUACCUGGCAAACUGCAUGGAAACACAACCAGCUUCCAGGAACCAGGGGUACAGCACAGUUGGUUUUGAAGGGACUGCUAACUAUGGACACACUCCCUCUCAUCACACAUCACAGUUCUCCAACCAUUCCUUCAAACACGAAGACCCAAUGAACCAACAACCAACAAUAGGAGACCAGCAGUACUCCAUGCCUCCUCCAGUAUAUGGCUGCCACACCCCAACAGACAGCUGUGCAGGGAGCCAGGCCAUGCUACUGAGAAACCCAUACAACAGUGACAACCUAUACCAAAUGGCCUCACAGCUUGAAUGUAUGGGCUGGAACCCUGUUAGCACACUGGCACCUACAAUGAAAAGCCACACAACAGGUUAUGAAAGUGACCACAAUGGGCCCUUGUUGUACAGCUGUAGCGCACAGUACAGAAUACACACACACGGUGUCUUCAGAGGCCUCCAGGAUGUUCGGAGAGUGCCAGGAGUUACUCCUGCCAUUGUGAGGUCAUCUUCAGAAGCCAAUGAAAAACGGCCGUUUAUGUGUGCAUAUCCUGGCUGCAACAAGAGAUAUUUCAAAUUGUCCCAUUUACAGAUGCAUAGCAGGAAACAUACAGGUGAGAAACCCUACCAGUGUGACUUCAAAGAUUGUGGAAGGAGAUUUUCUCGAUCGGACCAGCUUAAAAGACACCAGAGAAGACAUACAGGAGUAAAACCAUUUCAGUGUGAAACCUGUCAGAGAAAAUUCUCUCGGUCUGAUCACCUUAAGACUCACACCAGGACUCAUACAGGUAAAACAAGUGAGAAACCCUUUAACUGCCGCUGGCCCAGCUGUCAGAAGAAGUUUGCGAGAUCUGACGAACUGGUGCGCCAUCACAACAUGCACCAGCGGAACAUAACCAAGCUCCAGUUAGCACUCUAAAAACCAUGCCAGGAAAUAUAACAGUUAAAUAAAACGACACAACUUGCAUUCAAAUUAGAACACUCUGAUUAUAGAAAGAAAUUUUUAACAACUGUAAGGAUUUUGAAACUCUUGCCUAUGUAUUGCCCUGGCGUUGUGGGGAGAGGCUGGCUUUUCAUAACUCAGAGUGCAGCUGUGACUUCGGAUGGAUGAAAUACGUAAUAUGCAAAGUGUGCCACAUUAUUCUCCCCCUAUGUACAGUACCUUGCCAACCUCGUAACACUCUUAAAUAACACAUCGUUAUAUCAGUGACUUAGCACAGCAUAAACCCAUAUGAGGCCAUAUUUACGAUGACCCUAAAGGUUAUUGUGGACCUUUAGGCUUUAAUAACUGUUGCUGUAAUAACCUUUGCACAGGAAGUGAAUGUGUAAUGGCAGGUUUAAUUAGCUUCACCCAAUACAUUCUGGAAACAGACUCUGCAAAUGGAUAUCUUACCUCUUAACAACAUUUGCAGAGUCUGUUCCCAGAAUGUAUUGGGCAAAGCUAAUUAAACCUGCCAUUACACAUUUACUUCCUGUGCAACAGUUAUUACAGCCCCACCUGAGCCUCACACUCACAGUCUAGGGUUCUGUUUGGGGGGUCAGAUGGUGUAAGACUAGCAGCUGUAUGGAAAGUGAACACAGUGGCAGGAUUAAUUGGCUUCACUUGAAUUCAAGUGAAAUUAAACAAAAUUCUCUUCCAAGAAAAUGAUUUCAAAGGCUUGGCUAGAACCCAGUUAUAGACACUGACAAAUUAAAACCACGAAAAAACUGUGAUCUCUUAUUAUUAUUAUU